GAUGAAGAUGGAAAUUUAACAAAUGAAUUUUUGCGUUAUGGUGGAAGUGUGGUUAUUAGUUAUAUAGAUAAGGAUGGAGAUAAAAAAGAAUUAUUGUUAACUUUGGAGGAUUUCAAAUAUGAUAAAACGUUAAAUUAUGAAAAUUGUGGUAAUAGAAAACAUAGAAUGAGUUAUGAGGAAAAUGAAACUGAAAGAGGAGAGAGAGAAAAUAUAAAACGUGCCAGAUUUGAUGAAUUGAAUAUUCAAAAUACUAGAUAUUUAGAAAUUUUUUCUGAUGAAAGUGUAUCUCAAGAAUGGUAUACAUUACCUCAUUCAGAUUAUAUUAUUCAUGUAACUCGAAAUGCUCCUGAAAAUGAAUUAAAACAAUUUAAAGGAAAAUGUUCUGGAAAUACAUCUGGUAAUCCUGGUUCAAAUACAGGUCAAAGAGGCAAUCCAACUGGUGGAAAUACAGGAGGUUUAGGAAAUAGUACAGGAUCUAAUCCAAAUGAAUCAGGUGCUAAUAAACCUAAUAAUUCUGGAUCUAGUUUAAAUCAAAAACAAAGAUUGGCUCUUGAUGAAAUAUUUAAAAAUCUUCAAAUGCAACGAACCAACAAUGAUGAUAAUGACAUUGAAGAACUCAGAAAAGUUUCACAAAAACUUGCAGAAUUACUUAAUAUGCAAAAUGUCAAUAAAAAAUAA